UAACUUUCUCUUCUCUUUUCAGUAAAAAGUCCCAGAAGUGGGAUGAAAUGAACAUUCUAGCUACGUACCACCCAGCAGGCAAGGAUUAUGGCUUAAUGAAAAUAGAUGAGCCAAGCACUCCUUAUCACAGUAUGGUGGGAGAGGAUGAUGAAGAUGCAGUGAGUGAUUCGGAAUCAAAUGAACCCUUAACAGCAGAUUUGCUGGCCGAGAAGUUGGCAGCUGCAGCUGAAGGUAAGGGCCCGAAGAUUCUAGCUAAGCAAGAAGAAAGCAGUGAGGAGGAAGAAGAGGAGGAGGAAGACUUAACACCUGAAGAACGAGAAAAAAGAAAGCAGUUUGAAAUGAAGAGAAAAAUGCAUUAUAACGAAGGACGAAAUAUCAAACUGGCCAGGCAGCUAAUUGCAAAAGAACUACAUGGUGAAGAAGAGGAUGAAGAUGAAGAUCAGGAUGAGGAGAUGCACGAUGCUGCUGAUGUAGAAAACAUGAGUACAGAAACACCUGAACCCGCACAUGCUACUAGUGACCAGCUGGGGAAUAGAGCACACAACGUAGAAGAAAUCUGUCCAGAACUGUAACUGCUUGUGAAAGACACAAACUUAAACACACUGCUUCAUGGUUUUUGCAAUUAUGGCUCUUAAAUGCUGAAAAGCAUAUCAGUUACACUAUUGUAUUGCCAAGAAUGUCAAUAACCCUAGACUCAUAUUAGGCAGAAAAACUGCCUAACUGGUUUAUUCUUGUGCCUAGUAUCUCAUGGAGAAUACUGCGUCAGCAUCCAUCAACCCAGAAUGGCAUUGCUGUAUACAACACUGAGUAACUUGUGUAACAUACUGUCACUCGUCAUGCUUUAAAAUACACAAAGCGGUAUCUUUGGUUUUGUUCGCUAUUUAUUUGACAAUACUCUAGAUGUGAUAUCUUGUGGAAGAGUUUGGAGUUUGAGCCAAAGCGUACAGCAGAUACCAGGUUGACAUUGUAUUAAUUUACUUAUAUGAUAAAUUUAGCAUUGAAAAGGGAUUAUUUUAGUAUUGUAACUCUUUUUCUGUAGAUUUUUUGACCUAUUCAUAUAGAUUUGAGUUAUGCCAUGACUCCUGUUUUUCCCAAUCUUUGUAACAGAAGAGCUGAAUUAUUUUUGUGGCUUCAAAAUGCUGCGUUUGAAAUCCAUUAUUAGUUUCUGAUUGAAACUGCACUGAUUUCUGGUGGGGUAUUUUUCCACUAGAGAUGUGCUAACUUGAAUGCUAUAGCCGGUUGUUAUCCCUCUCUUCCAGGACCGCUAGAUUGGUUUUGGAGCUUUCCUUAUUUACCUGUCUUGUCAGAACUUGAGUGUUUACAGCUCUUCAGACCAUGCUACAAAACAUUACUCUCCAACGAUUCCCUUAAGAUGGGGCUCAAAACCCUCUCUGCCUUCCCUGUUGCUAUGAUGUGUACUUGUGCUGUUACCAUCUGAGAAGAAGUAGCUGUCUGAGUAAAUCCACAUCAGGGCAGUGGAGAUGGGGAAUGAUGUGUGCUUGUGUGGCAUCAGCUCUUCAUGCCACCCAGGUGACUACUGGUGACCUCAUCCCUCUUGGGGUUUGUAACCCAGGCUGUGAAAACCACUGGCUUGUGUCUCCUGAUCUAAUGCAACUUGCAGUAGUUGAUUCUGUAAAAUGAAGGCUUUUGGGAGGAAUAGCUGGGAGGCUGCCAUGUAACUUGACAUACUGUUUACAGGGUGGUUGAUAGCCCUGAUGGAGAGACAUCACUGAACCUCCAGGUUACUGUAAACAAAAUCCCACUUGAAGGAUUUUGACUGUGGUGAAUGUUCUAGUAUUCAAGGUAGUACUUGGUUUUAUUAUACGGAUGAAGUAUACUUAAAGCUGUGGCUUAGUUUUGGAAUACUUUGUAUUCUGUUAUGUCUAUUUCUCUUAGUUUUGAUCUAAACUUGAGAUAUUGCAAAAGUUCAUAUAAUUAUAUGGACUUAUUUUAAUGACUUUCUGUCUACUGUACAUGUGAAGUUUGAAUAAAAGAAUGAAAGUUAUUUUACAGUUACUCGGAUUCUUGUGUGUGAGCUUUCCUGAAACUUAGGGUAUGCAGAAUGAAUGAAGGGCAGGCACACUUGUCACUGGGAAGCUGUGGUACUUCUGUGGGAUAUUGCAGUAGACAAAGAUCUGUAUGUGAGCUGUGCCAAAUGGUGUUUUCUAGCAUCCCUAAUUGAUGCUUUUCUAAGCUAAGUGUUGUCAGAUCUUGUGACAUUUCUGGUGGUAUUUUCUUUAAGGUCCAAAUCUUGGGUGAAUAGUUUCAGGGAAGGGAGAAGUGAGAAUCUUUUUUUCUCCAGAUCUCAUGGUUGCAGAGGAUGUAUUGGACAGUAUGGACCAUAAGGUUUCAAAUCAGAAGGCAAGCAGAACCUCAUGGCAAUGAGUGGAGGGAUAACAAAAGAGGCUGACUUGAUUUAUGAGGGCUUGGGAUCAGCAGAGAGCUUCUCAGAUCUGUUUUGGUUGCUUGUGCAAGACCCCAGUUGAAAGGCCUCUUCUAUUUUAAUAAUAUAAUAAUAAAAAAAUACAGCUUGAUAAGCGUUGCUUUGAGUCAGAUCCUGAGAUGCUGAGGCUCCUGCUGGAUGUGAGACGAUAGAUUUGUCGCUUACAGAAUUUGUCACAUAUUCCAUGGUAUUAGGUCCUUUCCAGUUUCUCUUGACACAUGAGUUCCUAGUGUGUGUGUGUAUGUGUGGGGAUGACGACAAUGUGUGCUGGAUUUUUUUAUGCUGUGUGUGGUUUCUUCCUUUUAUUCUGCAGUUCUUUUUGGAUGCCUUUUACCUCAUGCACUGCCAUGACCCAAGUAAAAGCCAGUGUGUAUUCUUCCUAAAAUGUCACUAAGUGGUAGAGCUGGCUUGCUAGAUUUACAGACUUGUGAUGGACAGAUCCAGGUGCCAGUACUUGUUUGACUUUGCAUAGUUCAUUUUUCAGUGUUGACUAUAUUCAGCAUUGUAAACCCAUUCUUUCCAAUACUGCAUGUGCCGUCUGUCAGUUGGGGACAAACAUAGCAAACGGUGUGUAGUAGAGACGGCAGUUUAAAACUUUUAGGUUCUGAACCUGCAUAUAUUGAUUGUCCAGGGUCUCGUUUUCCUCUGAGGUCCUAUGGAGAAGCUGCUGUUUGUAUCCUUGGGGACUUAAAAUAACCCCAAAACAAAAACAU